GUCCGCAUCGACCCCAAUCCCGCCAAUUCCCCCUCUUCCACCCCAAUUGCGCCUGGAUUGAGGGCUCCUCCGCCUCACCUCCUCCUGGUCCUCACUCCCCGCUCUCCCGAAUGGCUGCUUCCUUCACCCGCCUGGCGGGCAGCACGCCCAAAAGGCUCUGCCUCCGCCCCUCUACCUUCUCCAGACACAGUGCUAUCCCCAGAUGCCGGACGAUCGCGACGUCGCUGCCUCGCCGCGCAGCUGAGCCCACCAGCUACCAGGCCACCCGCCUUAUCCCGACCGAUCCGACCUUCACAUCUCUGGCCAACAAGGAGGGCCCUUCGGAGGCUGAGGUCGCCGCCGGCCUCGAGUCUGAGGACGUUGGAGCUGGCCGCAAGAUCCGUCACUACACUGUCAACUUCGGUCCUCAGCAUCCGGCUGCUCACGGUGUGUUGCGUUUGAUUCUGGAGCUCAAUGGUGAAGAGAUCGUCCGCGCCGAUCCCCACGUCGGUCUGCUUCACCGUGGUACCGAGAAGUUGAUCGAAUACAAGACCUACAUGCAAGCCCUGCCGUACUUCGACCGAUUGGACUACGUUUCCAUGAUGACCAACGAGCAGUGCUUCUCCCUGGCCGUGGAGAAGCUGUUGAACAUUGAAAUCCCCGACAGAGCCAAGUACAUCCGGACGCUGUUCGGUGAGCUGACACGAAUCCUGAACCACCUCAUGUCCGUCCUUUCCCACGCGAUGGAUGUUGGUGCUCUGACGCCUUUCCUGUGGGGUUUCGAGGAACGUGAGAAGCUUAUGGAAUUCUACGAGCGUGUCUCCGGUGCCCGUCUCCACGCUGCCUACGUCCGCCCUGGUGGUGUGUCCCAAGAUCUGCCCCUUGGUCUCCUCGACGAUAUCUACCAAUGGGCUACCCAGUUUGGUGACCGCAUUGACGAGACCGAGGAGCUGCUCACGGAUAACCGUAUCUGGAAGGCCAGAACCCAGGGUGUCGGUGUUGUCCCUGCUGCUGAUGCUCUCAACAUGAGUUUCACUGGUGUCAUGCUGCGUGGUUCCGGUGUCCCAUGGGAUAUCCGCAAGUCCCAGCCUUACGAUGCUUACGACCAGGUUGAGUUCGACGUCCCGGUGGGUGUCAACGGUGACUGCUACGACCGUUAUCUCUGCCGUAUGGAGGAGUUCCGUCAGUCCCUGCGCAUUAUCCACCAGUGCCUGAACCAGAUGCCCGCCGGACCCGUCCGUGUUGAGGACUACAAGAUCUCUCCCCCUCCUCGUGCGGCCAUGAAGGAGAACAUGGAGGCCCUGAUCCACCACUUCCUCCUAUUCACCAAGGGUUACGCCGUUCCCCCGGGUGAGACCUACUCCGCUAUUGAGGCCCCCAAGGGUGAGAUGGGUGUGUUCCUGGUCAGUGACGGUAGCGAGAGACCCUACCGGUGCAAGAUCCGUGCUCCUGGAUUUGCUCACUUGGGUGGUUUCGACCAAGUGUCUCGUGGUCACCUUCUUGCCGACGCUGUCGCCAUUAUCGGAACGAUGGAUCUCGUGUUCGGUGAAGUUGACCGGUAGAUAACGAUACGGGAUAGGCCGUCUAAAUCUCCAAAGACCACCUGUAUAACAGCUCCUCAAGACACAAACACAAACACAAACACUACACAUGCAUGACCCUGAUAAUAUUGGUGCCAAGAAAAAAUAACCCCCACAUUAGAAGUGACAGAUAUCCCAAAGAAAGCAAGAAAGAAAGUUAAUUUGUCCAGCUUGUGCGAGUCGAGUCGAGUUUGUGUAACAGGUUGAGUUGCUGUGGCGAUUUAAACCAGCCCAACUGUACCAAUCAAAUGUCGUUUUCAUGGCGUUGUGCUUUUUUUUUUCCUUCUAUUUUUCUUUUUUCCUAUUGUUGUUCUGUCUGUGUCGUUGAUGCCGUCCGUCCGUCUUCGCACCCUUUUUCUUUAUUUUAUCCCGAUCUAUCUUGAAUCUGUGUAUAGUGACUCGAAAUAUUGAGUAUGAUUGAUUGAUUGAUUCGG